UUUGUGUAAGUAUAUUUCUUUUUCUGUAAAAAAAAAAAGGUCCCUUACAUUGUUUUUCAUUCGGGCUUUUAUAGCCACUGUUUAUUACAUAAACUGGAAAGAAAUCAAAGAUUUCUUUCCAUUUCUCGUCUACUGUAUCAUAUCUUUGAUUGUGAUCUCUUUAUUUUAGUUUCCUUUUUUUGCUUUUCGUAUCUGCUGUGUUUCUUUCCUUUCUUUGCAGGUGCUCGCGAAAAAUCCGGUAAUGGAAGGAUCACUGGCGUUGAUGGAGGCCUGAAGUCUGGCGAUGGUGUCGGUGAGGUGCUGGUUGGUAGCUGAGGAGUCGUCUAGGCUGUGCUGAGAAGGCUCAUUAAUGGCCUCGAUUUUGGGGAAUUCAACAAACACUCCCCAAGGCUUCCAAAAGCUGCUGCGGCGUGAGGGGAAAGAGCUAGGGUCGAAAACCCUAGCUGGAAAUUUUAGAUUUUGGGCCUAGUUCAUUUUGAGCCGUUGAAUUGGGUCAAAGGUGUAAUGGGCAUGCUUAUGGGGUAUUUGGGUUACCAGUCUGCUAGGUCUAGGCUAAAUGGGCUGUAAAAGGACUGCUUAAUAAAUAAACAUUUAUUUAUUUUUUCAAUUUUAAAUCCCGAGCAAAUUUUGCUUACUACAAUUAUUAUAUUAAUUUUAAAGAAAAAUAGCACUUAAUAGCACAGUGAGCACCAAAUUAUAAUUUUUUUUAAUUAAGUUGUCAAAACAAAAAUUUACCAUUGGUGUCGUUAAGUUCUCCAGUUCAAAUGCAAACUGCAUUGAUAUGCUAAGCAUGGAGCUCUGGAGAAGAUUCCCUCACCGGCUGCUUCUAAUCCGCAGCUUCGUUGACGCCAGGAUCAAGUGGGUUCGUGACCCAUACCUAGACAUUGCCGUCGAAAGAGAGAAAAACCUCAAAGAAAUCCUUUCCCUCAAAAACCAAAUCCUCUCCUCUCCCUCCAAAUCCCUCCCCCUUUCCUCUCUCUCCCCUCUCAAAUCCCACUUCAAUCUCCCCACCUCUACUUCCAAGCUCUUUCAAAACUACCUUCCAUUUUCUCCCCUUCCAACCCUCUCCUCUCUUCCUCUCCACGUCAAGCUCACCCCUCAAGCUAUGACUCUGCACAAAGAGGAGCUAGCCAUUCACAACUCUCCCCCUCAUCGAAACGACGUCGUAAACAGGUUGGCUAAGCUCUUAAUGCUGACUAAAGCAGGUAGGCUGCCUUUACAUAUCUUAGACAAGUUCAAAUUUGAUCUCGGCCUUCCCACUAAUUAUAUUACCUUUCUUCUUUCUGAUUAUCCUGAUUAUUUCCAAAUUUGUGAAUAUAAAAACCCUUCUGAUGGAAAAGAAACCCUUUUUUUAGAGCUUAUUUCUUGGAGGAAUGAACUUGCCAUUUCCGAAAUGGAAAAGAGAGCUUCUUUUUCUGACAGUGUGAAAUUGAAAAAAGGAUUGCCGUUAAGGUUUUCGAUGAAAUUACCCAAUGGGUUUGAUUUAGAGAAGAAGGUGAAGAAUUGGGUUGACACAUGGCAAGAUUUGCCUUACAUUUCACCUUACGAAAAUUCAUUUCAUUUAGGGCCUAAUAGUGACCAGGCGGAGAAAUGGACUGUGGCAGUGCUUCACGAGUUGUUGUGGCUGUUGGUGUCAAAGAAGACUGAAGGAAAGAAUGUGUUUUGUUUGGGAGAGUAUUUAGGGUUCGAGAACCGAUUUAAGAAGGCGGUGAUGCAUUUUCCGGGGAUAUUUUAUGUUUCGAAUAAGAUUAGGACACAGACCGUGGUGCUUAAGGAAGCUUAUAGGAAAGAUUUCUUGAUGGAGAAGCAUCCAUUGAUGGGUAUGCGGUUUAGGUAUAUUCAUCUUAUGAAUAAGUCGGAAAAGUUUCGAAAAAGAGAUGGUGUUCCAGUGUUUAGGAGGAAAAGAAAGGUUAUGUCAAAUGCUGAUAAAGGGGAAGUUAUAAAAGAAGAUAAGAAUGUGGAGGAAAAUAAGGAUUUAAACUUGUUGUCUGGUUCGGGAUCUAAGGAUGGUUUUGAUGAUGAGCCUUCUAAAGCUCAGGUAAUGGAUAUAUAGUCUGUAAAGGAUACACAAACAUAUGAAUAAAGAUAAAUAUGAUUUCAGGGAGAAUUCUGCUAGAGCAAGCAUGACUGCGUGUACUUCCUUGGCGUAUCAAUGUAUUUGAACUGCACCUAUGCAAAAGAAAGAAGCAUAAAACCAGACAUGGGCUUAGAGGGAUGCUCAGUUUCUCAGAAUGUCGAUUUUUGAAGUUAAUAUAAGUAAUUAUGAAACAGGGCAGACGAUGGGACGAUAGUUGUGCAAAUGAUGUGAACACAAUGGUCCGUAAUUGGGUGAUGACUUUGACUGGAUGAGAACGUUUAAUCUUUGAUUUGUGGCUGUAUAGACUACAAUUAGUUGAUGCCUACUCUAGUAUUUACAAGAUGCAGUUGUGCUUUUUAAGUUUCACACUCGAUUAUGAUGCUGUUCUGUGUUGAAUGUGUAAACAGGCACACGCAUCUUGGUACUAUCCAUCGAACAAUAUAAGGUCACACAUUGGAGAUGACAGAGUGACCAAGUGUAAAAGUUUUGUCUACUACUGCCAGAAAUAUUAUAAGAACUGAUUCGAUGAAUUGAACAAAACUUUUGUUUGAAAGUGGUGAUGCAUUGGUAAAAUUGUGGAAGUUUGUUGAUCACUUGGUCUUCGUAAAGGACCACAAGGGGUCAUCAUCACAAUAUUCACAAAUCUUAAGGAGAAACCUUAUAGAAAGUUCAAAACAUUGUAAAAAUGAGGAAGUUGGAUAUGUAAAGAAAGAAUAUACUGAUGUUGUAGGAACUUAGAAAACAGAAUAAGAAAUUUCAGCAGAAACUUAAGUUUUAAGCUUUGAUAUCUUGUUGAACAAACAAAGGAGUUAAGCCCAAGCUAUAAGAACAGAAUGCUUGAAUAAAAACCAAAAACAAGAUGAAUUUGUUGAAUAA